AUGUCUUCUAUUCAAUGCGUAGAAUCUAUCAAUGCUAUUAUUCAUAAAUUUAUGAAUUCACAUUCAAUUUUAUUAAGAUGCUUUAAUGGAUUACAGGAAAUGUUAGCUUCAGAACUUCAAAAAGCUGAAUAUCGAGAUUAUUUAGCCAAUUUGCCUUUUAGUAUUGCUUCUUCUUCAGCAAUUCAUGUCUUUCCAAAAUUGGUUGAGAAUUUAAAAAGUAUUUUAACUGAUGAAAUUAAUAAUUUUGAUACUUCUGUUUGUCUUGAAAAUUGCACAAAUAAAUGUCAAAUUGCACUUAAAUCUCUAAUUAGUGGUGUAAAUCUUACUAAUGUUAUAAAAAUUUGGGAAGUUAAACAUAUGGCAGUUAAUACAACGUCAGUAAAUUAUAUGGCAUUAUUUCAAGAUCAUUCUCAUAUUUGUACAUGUUUACUUUUAACUAGUAAAGGUUUGGUUUCCCGCCACUUUUUUCAAGUAAUGUUACAAACACAAAAAGCACAAUUUACAUUUAAUUUAUUAAAGAGUCGGUGGUAUAAAAAAGAUGUUGAUUUACAGAAAAUUAAUGCUUUAAAUAAAUCUGCUAACUUUGUGAUUGAUAUUGGGAGUGAAAGUUCAGUAACUUUUAUGUGUGAAAUUCAUAUUAAUGAAGAAAAUCACUUAAGCAAUAAUUCUGAAGUUAAACAUUUUAUCAAUAAACGUCAGAUUUAUGGAGAAUGUGCAGUAUUAGGACAAAAGUUAGCAUCCUUAGCAUCUGAAUUCAACUUAGCAUAUAUUGCAGCUACAUUACGAGAUUUAAUUCAAAAAGUGGAACUAUCUAAUAAUCCUGUUAAUAAGCAAGAUUAA